GAUUUAUAGUCGAUGACUCUUUUCGUUUGAGUCACCGGCGAAUGCAGCCAUUGACUAAACGCGCUCAAUACUUGCCGAAUCUGUUUAGUCCAUGGCAUGAGAUUAUUCACCUCUUCUCAAGAAACCAAACGCUUCAGUUAAUCCUAAUUAUAAGUAGUCAACAUGAAGCCAAUUGAUUAUUCGAAUCCUUGCAAUAUCUCGAGUGGCCUAGAACAGCACCAACACAUAACCACCAAUACCUUAAGUUACCGUCUGUGGCUGUUUCGCUUUAUUACACAUCCAUUCACCCACUCCAAAUCACCAUGUCUUUACACGAACAACACAACAUUCCCACAGAUUCCGAGCAGGAAAUUCGGUCCAAAGUAGAACAAGUCCUGAAAGGAACCCCUUUUGUCGUCUCAAGCCUACGAAAGCUCAGUGGUGGCACUGCCAACUUCAUGUACCAUGCCACUCUCGAGAAGCCAUCGACUGAAGGCAAAUAUCAAAAUGGUGUCGUGAUCAAGCAGGGUGAGGGCUACGUUGCACUCCAUCCUGCAUUCAAGAUUGCAACUUCUCGAUGUGCUAUCGAGUAUGAGUCUCUUGUUCAUCUUGCUGAACUCCCCCCAACAGAAACACCAUCAUGCAGAAUAUCAAUUCCAGAGACGUAUUACUUCAAUCAGGAUAGCAAUACUCAAGUCCAAGAAUAUCUCUCAGAAGCUCUCAGUCUGAAGGACUAUGCCCUCAAAUACUACGCUGCCCCCACACCCCCAACUCUUAAAGAACAAUGCGAGCAGCUCGGCCAUGGUCUUGGAUCUUGGCUUCGUGCGUUUCACAGCUGGAGCCAAGAGCCCAAGCAAGCAGCCCUACGAGAGACGUUUGCGGGGAACAAGGAGAUGCAGGGUCUCAAGAACAUGAUCAAUUACCUACAGCUGCUGCAGGUGGUGGAUCGACACCCUGAGAUUCUUGGCGAUGCAAGGGACGUUUUGCAGGGUGCCAGUGAUCUGGCUGCCGGGGAACUUGCAGAUGAAUCAGCAUUGUAUCCCAUUCAUGGUGACUUCUGGACUGGAAAUAUCUUACUUCCUGACACUCCUCUGGUGAAAGGCACUCACACUCCCAUUCGUAUUGUCGACUGGGAGAUGGCUCAGAUUGGUGUUCGGCCUCUAGAUCUCGGCCAGGUCAUCGCUGAGCUUUGGCAACUCAAGCUAUACAAGGACAUUGCUGCAGGCGAGUGGCUGAUUCGGGCAUUUGCCGAUGGCUAUGGUGCUGUAGAUGAUGACUUUGCUUACCGCACAGUUAUCCAUGUUGGUGUUCACUUGAUCUGUUUUGGAUCUCAGACGCCGGGAUGGGGCGAUGCUGAGCAACAGAAGGACGUGGUCAGAAUAGGCAAGGAGAUUAUAGUCAAAGCCUGGACCAGGGAUCGUAGCUACUUUGACGGGCAUGUCCUUGGUAGCCUGUUCAGGAUCUAGAAUUGCUACUACAAAUAUGUAUAAGGGACCUGAGCGAAUAUCAUCAGGCGGAUAUGUCAAUGCUUGCUUCAUUGGUUGUUAUGUGUUUGCAGAAUGUGACAUCCCUUCGAUGGGCAAAACUCUGUGACAAUUAUGGCCACAGCGGGACUCGGCUACAGCUCUCCGUGUAUAUAUUUAAAGUGCCAUUGAUAUAAGUAUACGAGUUAAG